CGCCGCGUGUGUCCGUGGCGCGUAGGUACUCGUCUCGCAGUAUGGCUGUAAUGUUGUUCAAAUCGCGAACGUACACAUGUGUAUUAUUUACUGUAGUGUACAAUUUCCCAGAUACAACGUAGUUAUCUACGUAGAAUGGGAAACCUGCGUGGUAAAUUUGUAACGGAAAACACGCCAUCCUUCGACGCUGCACCGUUACGUCAAUAAGAAAUUGUACGCGCACCGACACGUGCGAUGGCAGUUGUUACUGUAUUAAUAACUAUUUACUAAAAAACUUUAUCUGGAACGCGUCUAAAUAAUAUAUAGAUAACAAUAUUGUGCUUGAUGGGUUUACACCGUUACGUAAUAAUAAUAAAAUAUCGUUAUAAAUUAUAAUAGUGAUCGUCACCCGCGCGAUUUUCGUACCUGCCGUCCCAUCUGUGCGGAGUCAUUGUGAAUAGGUUCCUAUAUCCACAUGAGAAAAAUUGUGAAUUCAAUAAUUGCAUGACGCGUGGUAUCCAUAAUUGGAUUUAAUCAGUAUUGGGGUAUUUUAUUACCACCGUACCACGUCGGAAUAUUUUAUUUCGGCCCAUCUUUAUCCGCAGGAAUACGGGAAACGGACGCCGUCGAGGAUGCGUUUACAGGACGACGGCAUGACAAACACGUACUCCGUUGUCGGCGAGACGACCAAGACGAUGAUCACGAUAAUGGUCAACAAAUUCUUUUUAGGUAUCUAAUUAUUUAUACCGAAAAAAAUACUAUAUUAACAUUAUUAGCAGGUAAUUUAGUUUUGUAUUUAUUAUUAUAAUUUUUUUCUUUAUUCUUAUACCUACCUAUUUUCACUGGAAAAAUUAUUCUAUUUCCAAACUCAUUUUUUCUUUUGCCCAACCCUUCAACUCUAAAUCGUGGUAGGUAAGUGCAAUUUUUCUAGAAAAACUUAAUGUUAUUAUGUUUGGAUAACCUUUAUUUAUAUUCUAGAAUGUAUUAUAUUUACCAAACUAUGUUUUUUCUCUGAACACACUACUUAUUAGUAAAAUAUGAAAAUGCUCAGAUUUUUCACGCCAUACUUUAAUUUUCUGCAUGACGGUAUUUAAUUCAAAUGAUUUUUUUAAAAUUACCAACAAUUCUAAAAAUUGCGUUUUAGGUUUUUUUAUAAACAUUCUUUUGAUCAGUAUAAAAAUGUGACUAUCAUACCUUACAAUUUGCACAGUUGUUCUUCUGUGUUACCUGAAAUCCUUUUUUGAAAUCCUCAACAAUUUUCUUUUUUAAAACAUUUUUUAGUUUUAUUUUUUAUCUGAAAACCACUUUAGUAAAGAUUCUCCAAAUAUUGUUCACGUCGUACUUUAAAAACCGUGAAUUUUUGGCUAAUUAAUACAUUGUAUCAGAAAUAUAUUAAGAUUUUUAAUGGUUUUUUUCUAAAAAUAAUGUCGAAAACUCACCGUAAAUAGAGAUAUAUUGUUUUUAUUUUUGUUGAUUUCUGGGUUACGUUGGCUUAAAGGGAAAUAAUAUAACCAUUACCAGAUUACAGAGCUCCGCUCAGAGUCGUUUUUUAUUGUAAUCUAAUGACUUAAUUUGUUAUUGUUGUUUUUGUAUACAAACUAAAUUACCCUUUAAUCUUCCGCUUUUUCCAAUUUUGACCUUUAACAGUGCCCUACCCAUGUUACGAAGUAUAUCUGGAUUUUUUUUUUUAUCAUAAUUUAUAGUGUAUACAUUUCGUAUAAAUUAAAAUAAUUUAAUAUAUUACAAUGAAAAGAGGAGUCUGCAUAAGCGUUCAUAAUAAUGUUAUGUCGCUGACUCGACUUGUUUUUUUUAUGUAACGAAACAAUUUUACAAUACUUUCGAAAUAAUUUAUUUAUUGUAAUACUGUCGUCGUUGUCAAGAAAUUGAAUCUGAACAAUAUUAUUUUGAAAUGUUUUUCAAUUAUUAGUAUAUUAUUAUAUUUAUUAUUUCAACGAAUGCUUAACACACAUUAUCAUAGAUAACUUUUUUAAAACAAUUAAAAUCAAACAUAAAUGGUUUUCAUCAAUUUGGCACGUGAUCAUAAAAUACUGAAACAUGAAAUCAUUGGGUUUUUACACAAAUAUUAUAUAAGCGCGUAGGAACCUAUAGUUUAAUAAUAUUGUAAUAUAGGCGGGUAUUUCUAUUUCUAUGUGUACUUAAUUGAUUAGUGUAGUCUGACUAUAUUUGAACUCAACUCUUUGGUAUAUUAUUUGUUUAUUAUACAUUAAUUAAUGACAAAUAAGUAGGUAUCUACUUUAUUAUAAUAGGUUACCAAUAAGGAAUAAUUAUUAAAAUUAUAACGUUUAUGUUAUUUGUUAUAUUUAUAAUUCUGACAUAAUUCUAAUUUACCACAAAAGGUUUUAGUCCCUAGGUAUUUAAUUAUAACCAUGAUUAAACAUUUAAAAGUUACAAAUUUUACGAAAUAACAAAAAUAUUUUGAAAAUAAAUGAUGAUUAUUAUUAUUAUUUUCCAAUGUUUUAUGCGUCCCUGUAUUAGGCUUUAGUGGCUAGCCUUAUGGUAUAUAUUUAAAAAAAUAUUAUUAUUUUGUUACAAUUAAAAUUCCAAAAAACCACUUUUAAUCAUUUUGUUUUACCAGGAAACUUCUCUGUUAUCUACGGACUACAGAUAUAGCUAAUAAACUAUUAUACAUUACAUCUGUGGUAGGAACUUGAGAGUCUAAUACCUGUGCAAUUUAGGUAUUUUAUUUGUUGUGAAGAGAAAAUUUAUUUUUUCGUCGAGAGAAUGUUAACAUUACCAAGGUGGUUUCACUGCGUCGUUCGCCCUUCACUUUCUUAGCCUACUCCCAAAGAAACAUGGUCAAUGUUGAUAUUGAACAUAUUUUGUGAAUUGUGCAUUAUUUGUGCUUGUCAGUCGGGCAGUCGCUAUAAUGCUAUAGUCCGACACUCUCGUCGUUCGCACUACUGUAGUAAAAGUAGUAACAAAUAAAAUAUGCAAUAUGCAUUGGUCUACAGUAGUCAGUCACUAUAGCCAGUAAGGCAACGAAUAGUAUCGAUUUCGUUGCGCGUUCGUCGUAUUAUUAUUUCCUAUUGAUGCACGAGACGUUUCAUCGCCAGAUCGUAGUGUUUAUGUGCGACAUUAUCAUACUACAUGUAACCAGGAUAAUUUAUUUUAUUUUCGUUUGACCGUCCUACUAGUGUUUAGUGUUUUUAUUAAUAAUUUUUUUUUUUUUUAAUCGUGCAUAUGAUUGUGUUAUAAUUUUUCUUACCAAUAUUAAUUCUAGUCUUUUCGUGUUUUGUGUUCGUAUUUUUUAAAAUUUUAAGUCGUAUCACAUUAAAAGUAACUUUCCAUUAAUAAAUCGUUUUAGGUGUUCUGAUGAUAUUCAUAUUAUGUAGUGUGAUUAAUGUUUUCAUCUUAUUGAGUACUUCGUGUACAAACGAAUUGCAUUGAAUACGAUAUUAGCUGUUUUGAUUAAUUUACAAACACACUUUUUACGAACGAUGUAUGCCCAAAUAAAUGCUGAUAAAUUAAAAAUGGAACUUUCAGCUAACAGGGAGAAACAACUGAAAUCUGUUAAAAAUGAUAAAAUUUCCAAAGAAAGUAGUGUUAAAAUGGAUUCAGGAUUUUGUGAUAUGCUAUCCAAAGAGAAUAUUGAAUAUGAUCCAGCAGUAGUCGAGAAAUCAGAAAAAGAAACAAUCUCAAUUGGUAUUGAUAGUGGAUUGUGUAUUGACGAAUCAAGCAUUGAAUUAGUUGACGACCAAAAUGAAUCUAAUAAACAAACAAAAAAUGAUCAACAAUGGAAGUUAUAUUUUAAACAAAACGAAAAUGGAGACACGUAUGUAAACAUUAUUUUCUUUUACGAUUUAAACUAUAUAUAUAUAUAUAUAACUAUAUACACACCUACCUAUAUAUUUAUGUAUUUCAUCAAUUAUGCUUUGUACUUAAAUAUAGAUCCCAAUUUAGAUACAUCACGAAAUGUAAUCUAGUAUAUAUUCUGAUAAGUAUUAACAGUCCCUUACAGCUUAAAUUUUUAAAAAUCUGUUCUUACUCCCUAAUCCCUAUACCUUUUAUAUAAAGAACCUCUGAACGGUUUUUAGACCUGACUAUUUAGUUGAUUAGAUGUCAAUAUGUCAAGCAAUUUUCACUUUAAACAGAUUAUUUACUUAUUUUAUACAAUAGAUAUUAGUUAUACAAAUUGUGAAAUGGUUAAGACCUUGAUAAGAACAUUUUGUCCACCUACUUACUAGUUGAGUGAAAAAUUCACGUCUUUAGGCUUUUAAAUUUCAAUGUAGUAUUUUAGAAAUAAUGCAUUUAAUUUCUCAGUAAGAUACUUUACUACCUAAAUUGUAUUUGACAUUAAAAUAUUAUUAUUGUUUUUACCUAUGUAAGCAAAGUUGAAUGUUUAAUAAGGAGCACAAAUCUGUGACAAGAGAUCUCAAAAUUACAUAUAAAAUUAACAUAGUUUCAAGUCAUAAUUUAUUUUUAACCAUGCAUUAAUAUUACUCUUUUUUUUUAAAACUGAGUACGUUCUAAAUUUUUUUUAUGCAAUUUUAUUUUAUGUGUUGGUUAGGUCCAUUAUUAAUGUUUUGAUUUUAUAGUAGGUAGGUAUAUUUGUAUUAAUGCACAUUUGUAAAUUUACUUCAUUAUUUGUUUUAGGCAACUUCAUCUUGCCAUUAUGCAUGGGUUUAUUAAAGUAUCAAAAUGGUUAAUUGAUAUUUGUGAAGAUUCCAAAUGUUUAGAUAUUCGAAAUGACGAUGGACAAGUAAGUAGUGAAUACCUACUGAAUACUAAUUAAAAUACAUUAAAGAACUUGCUAUAACAAAUCAAUAAUUAUAUUGAGUGAUAUAUUUAUUUAAAUUGAAGUACAUUAAUAUACUUAUACCUAUAUAAUAUUGUUGUCAAAUAAGGCAGUAUAUUAUUAUAUUGAAAAUUAGUAUAUGGAAUUUAAGAAGUGCUAGUACACUCGUUUGGGGUUGUUUAUGAUGUAUAUUUCAUAUUUGUAUAAUUUAUGUAUACCAAGACAAAUUAACAGUUUCAAUAAGUUUAAUUUUAAUCUCAACUAUCGAUUAUCAAUUCUAUUUUUUUAUUAGAUUUAUUGUUAUUUUUCAACUUUUAUUUUUAUGAUAUUAGAAAAAUUAAUAUUGGUUUAAUAAUUUUCACCAUAUAUCAUUCUUGACUAUAUAUUAUAAAAUAGGUCUAAAUGUUAGUGGUGGAUACACCACUAUCAUCAAAAAUUUACCCGAUCCACUCGCACUCAAAAUAUCAAUUUCACACAUCAAAUUAUGACCAAGUUUAAAUUUCAAUAAAAUUUUUUUUAAAUUUUUUUAACAUGAAAAAUAUUAUUUAUUGUUAUAAAUAAAAAUAUGUAAAUACAUAGUUUAAUGUAUUAUAUAAUUGUAUAAAUUAAUGUAAAAUUAAAUAUAUACAUAAUAUGCCAUUAUUAAUUGUACAUUUUUUUAAUUGUAUUUUUAGAGUGCUCUUCAUUUAGCUGUCAUGACAAAUCAAUGUGAAAUUGUUAAAUAUAUGUUAAUGAAAAAUGCCAAUGUAGAAUUAUUAGAUAUAAAUGGCAAUAAUGCAGUUCAUUUGGCAUGUUAUGGAGGAAAGUUGGAUUGUUUAAAAAUUUUAGCUAGUUCUGUUCUACUGCCAAAAAUGUUAGAUACUAUAAAUUAUGAUGGUAAGGAGUUUUUAUAAUUAUUAAUAAUUUGAUAGGCAUUAACAAUUAUUUAGUUUUUAGUUAAAUGUGAUAAAUAGUAAUAAUAGUUAAUUAUUUAGUAUUUAAAAAUAUGUGUUUGGUAAUUUCCAAGUAUGGCAUAGAUUAAACUAUUGUUAAAUAAAUAAAAUAUUACAUAUUACAUAUUCUGUGUAUUCAAAAUGAUUAUUCAGUUCUGAUACUUGUAUUUUUAAAAAGACCUACAUAUUUUAUAUGAUGGGUGAGAAAUUGGGAAGGUAGGGGAAACAUUUUAUGUAGGUAUAUCUGUACCAUUUUUAACGUUACUUGUUCACAGAUAAAAUAAAACAAAUAAACAUAAAACAAUACAUUCCUUGUAUUGCUCAAAAUUUAAAAUAUAAUUUCAUACAAUACAAUAGAAUUUUUGAAAAACUUAAUAGGUAUAUUGCAAAAUAAUAAGUGUUCUACGAUUAAAGAAUCACUCUGCAUACUUUAAAGGUAGGUUAAUAAUUAUUAUACAAACUGAGUAACUUUUAAACGUAUAAGAUAGGCAAUUACGGAUAGCUUGACCCAGUGACAUCACUUGUCUUUUUUCAAUUUCUCAUAACUCAUUGAAUAUUGAGUAUAGAAACGUAAAACUUGUACUAUUUUUAUUAUAUUUCAAAAACAUUAUACGAAUUUAAAAAAACUUAUUUUUGGUGUUUUGUGCUCCUUUAAUAACUUACUAACAUAGACUUUUUACAUAUUAUUAUAUUAUGUACAAUCAUUUUAUAUUGGAUAAUAUCUGUUGUAGUUUUAAAACAAACACUGGAAAUUAUAUUGAUUUUAUUGGUUUCACUAUAAUGUUUAUUAUUAUUAUUAUUUACUAUGAACAACAUAGAUACCAGAAAUUUCGAUCCAAUUUUCAAGUGUAGGACUUUUCUGAAAGGAAAUCUUACUGGUGUAGUACUUAAGUGAAGUAAUUUUUUAAUUUUCCCAGCCGUUUUAAUAGUAAAUAGGAAAAAAUGUAAGAAAAACACGAACAUUUAUGAAAUGUAUUAUUUUCAAAUAGUAAAUAUUACAGUAUUUCAAAACAUGUUUAACCAAACUUCACUUUAUUUGGUUGCAUUUUUCAUUAAUUAACGAAAAAGUUUAUAAUAAUUAAAUGUUGCGUACAGAUUUACAUUAAAUUUCCCCUCUACCUUCUCAACUUCUCACCUUCAACAGUAGCUUACAAAUUGUGACUGUAACUCAUACAAUAGUAAUCAAACUAUAAACACUAGAUAUCAGUCAAUUACUGUUAUGAAAAAGAUGGAAUCCAUACCAAUCUAAUAUAAUAUACAAUGCAAGCCGCAUAUGUGAUAAUGCUAAACAAACUACAAUUUAUAACGGUUUAUACAUUGGUUAUCUGUUUUUGAAAAAAAUAAAUAAUUUCAUGGAUCCAGGAAAAUAAAAUGUUGAAUUGGUUAUUGGUUUUUUAUUGGCAACAUAAUAUGUUGCCGAAAUCGAAAAAAAGGUUAUCGGACCAGCUCUAGAUUUUACAUGUUUUAAUAACAUCAAAAUCUACAAAGAUUACUUAUUACUAGACUACGGAUAAGUGAUUUUCAGAUUGUUAAUUGUUUAUUCAUGAUUUCCAAAUAAAAACAUCUUCAUAUUAUAAUAUUGUUCAAUGAUUACACAAAUUAUUGAAUGCAAUUUAAAAACUAAUAAAAUAUAUGAAAUUAUUUAAUUGUAUGAUGUAUAAUAUGUUACAGGUUUGGCUUGUAUUCAUAUUGCCACAAUUGCUAACCAUCUUAAUAUACUUAGAUUUAUUGUUAAAAGGUCAAUAAAUGUCAAUAUCACAGUAAGUUAAAAAAUAUAAAUGCAUACCUAUUAAUAAACAUACCUGUACCAUCACUAUCUAUUUUCUCGUUUUUCUUGCUUUAGGUGUCUUCUUAUAUUUUAAAUACAAAUUUUAAUAUCAGAACAUUUAAGAGUGGAUAAAACUUAGAUUUUCACAAAUGUAUUUCAUAAAUUAAUUUUUAAUUUUUCUAUUAUUGGUUACCAAAUAUUACUUUUGAAUUUAAAAUAAUUUGUGUACAUUUAUAAAAAAAAAAACAUUCCUUGCCUAUGACAGUCAGAAAUAUUAAUUAUAGGAUGUUUUAAUAUAUUUUUAUGCAAUUACGUAGAGUUCUUUAAAUUUUUAAAUUUUAACAAAAUGAUUGGUGAGUGAGAAUUUCUCCCUAUUUAUGUAACUAUUUGUUCAGGAUUUUAUAAAAAUAAAAUAUAAGUUACUUAUAAUUAAAACAUUAAUUUUUAGGAUUAUAAAAGUGGAUAUACAGCAUUACAUUUUGCUGUAGCGCUAAAUAGAGCUAAUCUCAUGGAAUGUUUAUUAGACAAAGUAGACCCAAAUAUAGAAAGUUAUGCUGGAAAGUUAGCAUUUGAAGUUGGAUAUGAUUAUGAUGAAGACGAAGAGGAUGAUGAAAUUGUAUGUAAAUGUUAAAUUUUAUUAUAUAAUGCACAUUAAUAAAAAUUGUAUUAAAAUUAUUUUUAAUAUUUUGAUUACAGUCUGAUGAUCUUGUGAAAUCAAUAAAUGAAAUACAGUUACCUAAUAACACUGCAAUUGUAUGUUAAUGAAUAUGAAUUUAACAAUAUUACAUUUUAUUAGUUCAGUCAAAAAACCAUUGGAUUAUUUUAUUUCUAAAAUUUUGAAGAUUUUCUGUUUCCAUACAAUUUCUAAGUUGGUAAAAAUGUAACCUAUGAUUAGUUUGUUAUCUCUAAAUUAUUGAUGUUUUUAUUUUGUUUGUGUUUAAUAGUUAUUAUUGGAAUGUAUUAAAUAUGCAUGUUAACUGAUUUUUUUUUUGUAAUUGGAAAUUUCCAUUGAAAAUUAUUGUGAAAUUUUGAGUGAAUUUUUUUAAAAUAAAUGUAUUUAUAUGUUACAA